CCUUAAGACAGGCCAUUGCCGCCUCAACAUCACAUCAUGCGCAUCGCCAUCGCAGGAACGGGCGAUCUAUCAAAAACAUUUGUCGAAGAGUUCCUGAAAGCGUCCCAUGAGGUUAUCGUACUAGCACGCGGACCGAGAGAAUGGUUCAUGCAGCCCGAUGCAUCUCUACGCCAAACCGACUACUCAGUGCCAUCAUUGCUGCAGUGCCUAAACGACUGCGACGGCUUGAUCUCCGCUAUCCAGGAUAACGAGAUGACGAACGUUACUGCCCACCUCGCGAUGUUGGACGCAUGCAAGAAGAGCCCAAAGUGCAACGCUUCAUCCCAUCCGAGUACAUCGGCAACGUGGACGACUACCCAGAGCAGCCGGAGUUCUACUUCGCCAACCACCAACCCAUCCGGGAUGCGCUUGCCGCGCAGAAGGAUAUCGAGUGGACGCUUUUCAAUCUGGGCUGGCUUGCGGAUUAUGUCGUGCCUGAGAAAAACCGUUACAUCAGGAACAUUGACGACGCGCAUCCUGUCAACUUCAACGAUAAGACGAUGAUCAUACCAGGCGCGGGUGAUGAACCGAUCACUUUCACCACUGCUAGAGACGGUGCUAGGGCUAUCGCUCAUCUCUUCAAUGCUCCGGCUUGGGAGCCCGUCACGUAUGUUUCUGGGGAAGCAACUACAUGGAACCAGGUCAAGGAUCUACUGGCGAAGCACGGCCACCAGCUUAGGCUCAGCUAUCGUCCAACGGCGGAACUUGUGGAUAUCGUAUCAAAUCCGACAUCUCACACAGCAGAUGAUGUUACUGCUGCCCAGUUUGGCAUGUGGUCAGCGUCCGGAUCAACCCGCGUGCCGGAAGAGAAGGCUGCUGCUCACAAAGAGAAAUACUUUGCGGGUCUACGGUUCCAAUCUCUAGAGGAAAUCAUAUCGACAACGGAGAGAGACACCGAGACCGUCAUCUAGUUAUACUUUUCACUUAUAAUACACGGCUGAGAAUGACAAUGAAUAAAGAUUCUCAACGCCUUUCUGCCAAUGUAUCCACCUUAUCUAUCACAAAAUCAAU